AUGUCCUCUGACGAAAGCGGCGAUGACCGCCCACUUCGGGAUGAAGAGGAUGACGCCGACAUCACGAAGAGCGACGAUGAGCAACCGGCCAUUGCUUCGGAUGAUGACGACGAGCCCGCCGAGCGCAGCUCCAGCAAGAAGAACCGGAAGAGAAAGGUGGUGUCCGACGACGAAGAGGACGAUGAAGAGGAGGAAGAUGACGAUGACGAUGACGAAGAUUCAGAUGGCUCGUCGCGCCGGAAGAAACACAAGAAAGGGAAAAAGAAGCGUCGUCCCCUUGGUGCCGAUUUCAUCUUGCACGAUGUUGAUGUCGACGACGAUGAUGUGGAGGAGGAUGAUUUGAGUGACGAUGAGAUUGGCGCUUUGGACAGAACGGAGCGCGAGGAAGCUGAGAAGACGAUGCGCGAGCUCGACGCCGCUCGUCGAAAGGAGCACGACAGGCGAAACAUGUUCAAGGACAUGUCAGCCGAAGAGAUCGCCAAGUACUAUGAGGAACGUUAUGCGGAUGAGAGCCGUGCUGCGCCGGUUGACUAUGACGAUGAUGCGGGAUACUCUGACGACAUCACACAAACCGGCUUGCUCCCCUCGACGAAAGAUCCCAACUUGUGGAUUGUCAAGUGCCGAAUGGGUGAGGAAAAGCUCGUCUGCAUGCAGCUGAUGAGGAAGGCAAUCGCAUACGAGACAACUGAGAAUCCUCUUCAAAUCAAAUCCGUCAUCUACAAAGAGGGCUUGAAAGGCAUGCUCUACGUGGAAGCUUUCAAACAGGCCCACGUUACGCAAGCUGUCGAAGGAAUCGGAUCGUUGAACCAAUUCAAUGUUGUGAUGGUGCCUAUCAAAGAAAUGGUCGAUUCUCUGCGCGUCGUCAAGAAUAUUCCUCAGCUGAAACCCGGUACCUAUGUCCGUCUGAAGCGAACGCAAUACAAGGAUGACUUGGCACAGGUCGACUGGGUGGACGUCUCGCAAAACAAAGUCAACCUCAAGCUGCUUCCUCGUAUCGAUUAUACCAAAAUGCGAGGGGCACUACGCACGGAUGCCGAUCGAGCUAAAAAAGGUCUACGACGGCCUGGACCACAGCCAUUUAAUCUCGAAAAGAUCAAGGAGAUUGGAGGCGAAGUGACAAAUGACGGCGACUUCAUUAUCUUCGAGGGCCAACAUUAUCGACGCGGAUUCCUCUACAAAUCUUUCCCGCUAUACGCAAUCAUCGACGAAGGCGUGAAGCCAACCAUUGCCGAGCUCGAGAAAUUCCAAGAAACUUCAGAUGAUCUCAAAAAGGAUUUGGAGAAGACUUCGCUCAAAGCUUCUACGACCAAGUUUUCGCCAGGAGACAUCAUUGAAGUAGCGGAGGGUGAAUUGGUCAACCUGCGCGGUAAAGUCAUCACUAUCGACGGCGACCAAGUUCAUUUCAUGCCGGAGCACGAGGAUCUGGAUGAACCAAUCACAUUGAGCGCGGCUGAUCUGCGCAAGUUCUUCAAGCCUGGAGAUCACGUCAAAGUUUUGGAAGGAAAGUACGAAGGGGAUACUGGUCUUAUCAUCCGCGCUGAGCCUAACGAAGUCGUGAUAUAUUCCGAUCUGACGAACGACGAGAUGCGGUGCCGUCCCCGUGACGUUCAACUUUGCGCAGAUGUCUCCAGCGGUGUUGACUCCCUGGGAAAAUAUCAAUUCCACGAUCUGGUGCAAAUCGACCGGGAGACUGUUGGAAUGAUUACUCGGUUGGAAAAGGAGAACGUCGAAGUCCUGAAUAUGUACGGCAAGAUUGUGAAACUCAAGCCGCAGGCGCUACUUGGUAAGAAAGAGGACAAGUGGGCCCAGGCGCUCGACCAACAAGGCAACAGUAUUCAAGUCAAAGACGCCGUCAAGGUUGUCGAUGGACCGUUCCACAGCAGCAGACCGGGAGAAGAAGAAAAAACCGGCGAGAUCAAGCACCUGUUCCGCACUUUCUGCUUUGUGCACUCGCGCAAGUUCCCGGAAAAUGGUGGCAUUUUCGUGACCCGGCCCCGCUGCCUCCUUCUGCAGGGCGCCAAGGUCGAUCGUCAACAGGAUGCGCCAGGCCUCAGCCGGAUGCCAGCCCCGUUUGCUUCCCCAAGACACGCCGGUUCGAUGACGCCCGGCCCGAAUGCUUCACCGAUGCGGGGCGGCAGCACUCCAGGUCCAUUCCAAGGUGGCCCAGCUACGAACAUUGGCAAUGCAAAAGUGCGUCGUGACACCUCCAUGGUGGGAAAGAGCGUGCGGAUCACCAAGGGACCUCUCAAAGGCUAUUUCGGAAUCGUCAAAGAUGCCACAGCCGAAACGAUGCGCGUGGAACUGCACGCUUCUUGCAAGACCAUCCUUGUCGACGCCAGCCGAAUAAAGCUGGUCUCCGACGUGCCUGGUGGCGACGCCGUGUCGGAUUAUCUCAAGACUCCCUCCAGCUACACGGGCACCAAGACGCCGGCGUACGCUGGUGGAAACAAGACUCCGGCCUAUGGUGCUCAGACUCCGGCAUAUCAUCAAGGAGGUCGCACACCACAUUAUGGGGCCCAGACGCCUGCCUAUGGAGAUGGAGGUCGCACGCCAGCCUAUGCUGACGGUGGACGUACACCAGCUUACGGCGAGGGUGGUCGCACUCCUGCUUAUGCGGAUGGUGGUCGCACUCCCGGCUAUGGUGAUGGCGGCCGUACGCCAGCUUAUGGCAGCGAAGGCGCUCGUACGCCCGGCUAUGAAUCUAUGGGCGGCCGUACCCCGGCCUAUGGUGCUGUCACCCCAGCGCGUAGCGAGCACCGCAGCCCCUCGCCGGCUUCAUCAUCGGACGACGAAGAGGAUCGUCAGCGUCAACCUGAGCCACAGCCAGAAGUGGACUACGAUUCUCCGGCGUCGCCCAAUUAUGCGGCCCCGACUCCGGGCAGCAUGAACCCUCGCACGCCAUCCGCCUACGAAAACUACCCGAUGUCCCCCGGUGGAUACAGCGGAAACGAGGCGACUGGAUCUUCGAUUCCCCAAAACUACCUGGACGGCGGUGAAUGGCUGAACGAGGGCAUGAUGACGACGAUCAGGAACAACUACGAUAAGGAAGAGGCCCGAGGAAUGCGAGGCAAAGUCGAAGAGGUUCACGAUGAGUACUGUGUGCUUUGGGUGAACGACUUGGAGAGCAAGGUCCGUGCCUACUUCGAUCAGUUGCUCCCCGUCAAGCCGGAUAUUGGAACAUUGGCACGUGUUAUCUACGGCGACGAGACCGGCUGCCUCGGUACCGUUGUUUCAAUCGACGGCUCUGAUGCAAUCAUACAGAUUGCCGAAGGCGAUUUGCGUCUCGUCGAAUGGGGCUGCUGCUGCCAAAUCGUGCACGACGGC